AUGGAGGGUCAAGAGCAAUAUGAGGACAAUGGGCUUCCUGGUCCUGGUGCCCCGACCCCACUCUCUGCCCUGGACGGUGUUUCAGGGCUAACUGCCAGGGAUAUCAAAUUGUUCGUGGAUGCAGGAUAUAAUACCGUCGAGUCUGUGGCCUAUACGCCGAAACGGUUGUUGGAACAGAUCAAGGGUAUCUCAGAACAAAAAGCCACAAAGAUCCUAGUCGAAGCUUCAAAGCUGGUACCCAUGGGCUUCACAACGGCUACCGAAAUGCAUGCCCGAAGAAGCGAGCUCAUCUCAAUCACAACCGGAUCCAAGCGACUUGACACAUUGCUUGGAGGUGGCGUUGAAACCGGGUCAAUUACGGAAAUUUUCGGAGAAUUCAGAACCGGAAAGAGUCAGAUUUGUCACACUCUCGCAGUGACUUGCCAGUUGCCUUUCGAUAUGGGUGGUGGUGAGGGUAAGUGUCUCUACAUCGACACAGAGGGUACUUUCCGCCCAGUGCGAUUGCUUGCAGUCGCACAGCGAUAUGGUCUCGUCGGUGAGGAAGUCCUUGAUAACGUCGCAUACGCACGAGCAUAUAACUCGGAUCACCAGCUCCAGCUGCUCAACCAGGCCUCCCAAAUGAUGUGUGAGACGCGAUUCUCACUCCUCGUGGUUGACUCGGCGACAUCUCUGUACCGAACAGACUUCAACGGCCGUGGUGAACUCGCAUCGCGACAGACCCAUCUGGCCAAGUUCAUGCGUACUCUACAACGCCUUGCAGACGAAUUCGGCAUUGCAGUCGUAAUUACGAACCAGGUCGUUGCCCAGGUUGAUGGUGGACCUAGUGCCAUGUUCAAUCCGGAUCCCAAGAAACCCAUUGGUGGUAAUAUCAUCGCGCACGCCAGUACCACCCGACUGAGCCUCAAGAAGGGCCGCGGUGAGACUCGAAUCUGUAAGAUUUACGAUAGUCCUUGUCUCCCGGAGAGUGACUGUCUUUUCGCUAUCAAUGAUAAUGGUAUCGGGGACCCCAGUGAGAAGGACCUUGAAGAUAAAUGA